CGACAGGACUAGCAGCAGCAGCGCCCCGAGCCUGUAACGAUUUUCUAAAAUGGCGUCACACGCCGCCGCCGCGACAAUUGACAUUUCCGGCAACGUCCGCUCGUAGCGCGUCAUACAGCCACCACCGACCGGUUACGCGCACAGAUUUGUCCGUUUCGACUCCGCCGCCACCGUCACUUUAAAAUUUUAGUUUUUUUUUUCGAUUAGCGUUUUUUUUAUCGUAUUAUUUCCGUAGCAAUAAUUAACGACCGUGCCAACUCUACCAGUAUAGACCGGUGUCGUCUACUCCGUUCUCGUGUGUUCGGAUAACGGAUCGAUAAAUCCACCGUUGCCGCCGUCGCGCGUGUGUUUUCGUGUCUCCCGCCGUGCGUAGGAUAGAUACUGAUAUUGCGUAUUCUUAUUUUCAACCGAACGUCGUCGUCGACGACACCGGACACGACGCUCGCCCGUGUUCCGAUGACGACGGCGCCGAUAUUGAAUACCAAUAAUAUUAGGUACAUAACGCAAUAGUAUUUAUUAUCAGUAUUACUAUUGCCCUGUCCAGGCGACAACAACAGCGCCGUCGCCGGGUACCUACGUCUGCCAGAAGAUACGUUUACGCACAAUAGUCCGCAGCACGAGAGACUGCAUCACCGAGUAAUCCGACGACGAUGGGUAAGUCGGCUUUGAUUUUUACUGCUACUUAGACCACACCUCAGACCGCCAUCGAUUUUGAAGUCUCGUUGGAACGAAAACGGCGGUUGGGUCCGUUUCCUUUCCAUAAAGUUCGAAAAAAGCCUUUCUUCAAGGCGCGUCGGAAAGGCCCACACAAUUCGGACAUACUCAGUACGAUGUAUCCGAAUCUUGUGCGUAUGCACGUCUUCUGUGUGACGCACUAUUACAGCCAUAACUAUAAAAAUUCUUUAAGUCGGAAUUUAUCUUGGAAUUAUUGAGAUUAAAUGUUGAAUUAUUGAGAUUAAAUGUUGAAUUAUUGGGUUAGUUUUGUAGCAUUCACGCAGUAGGCAUUGAGUAUUUUCUUUGUUUCGUCUUGUUUUUAUAACAUUGUUAUAUAUUGUUAUAUGUGAUUAAGUAGUUAUUCAAAUAUUAUACACCUGCCACAAAUUAUCUAAUAAUGGCAAAGGUAUCUAAUAUUAUGUCACUUCACCGCACAUAUCUCUGUGUUUACAUAUUAUCAGUGUUAAUAUGAACAAUUAUUUGUCAUAUAUAAUCUGAAGUACCUAUCAUUAAUGUUCUAAUUGUAAAGAGUUCUUAGGUACCUACCUGAAUUGUUUAUGAUUAUUGUUGUACGCACCUAUUUCUGUGAUCUAUAAUUUAUUAGCACGGUUAAUGAAAUUAAUAUUUUCAUUAGAAAUGUAUUAUUUUUUUCAUUUAUAUUGGUAAGUGCUGAACAAAACGCAAUAAUAAAACUAUAUGGUAUUUUUAACUGCAUAAUAUAAUAUUAAUAGUUUGUGUAUUUAUGUCUGUUCUUUACUGAAAAUAAUAAUUAGCGAUGCAAUGACAUUUGAUUGAUGGGCUUCCCAAAUAUUUAAAAUAAUGUUACAUGCACAGUUUACCUAUAUAGGUACAAUUUAGUUUAAAACACAAUAAUGUUGGUAACCUAUUCAAAUUCAAAUCAAUAACAUUAAAUUUAAAAUAUGCUGAGAUUAUUAUUGCUUGAGAUACUAGUAUCUCAUAAAUGACAUGCACUUUCUAAUCUAAGAAUUAAAACAUUUAAUUUCAAAAAUAUAUUUUUUUUUUUUUUAAAGCAGAUUAUCAUUAUCAUUAAGAUAACUACACAAUUGUAAAAAUCAUAUUAAAGUAUUUGUACCUAUCUCAAUACUUGAAAUAAAAAAUUUAAAAAAUGUUUUAAUCCUAAACCGAGUUUGAACAUAAACUUUCAGGUAAAAUUUGAACACUAUAAAAUAAGUUUUGUGUGUAUUUAGUAUAUUUUAAGUAGAAUAUCUAGUGCAAUUUACUUUAAUCAUAUUGUUAAAUCGGCAGAUAGUCAAUUCUCAUUUGAAUAAUCUGUGUAUAAACAACUAAGAAACUCAAUUUUUUUCUUCAUUAAUUUUACAUGUAUUCGAAUAAAUAUUUAAGUGUUGCUUUAUCCUUAUUUUUAUCAUACCUCUGUGACGUAACAAUAAUUUAUUAUUAUUACAUAACUAUCAAAAUUAAAUGUAGGUAGGUAUCAGGUAAAGUAAAAUGCAAUAAUAUUUAUAGGUAGGUAAUGCAUUUUUCCUACAUACCUAUCUAGAAUGUUAUGUCACUUAGAGAGUUUUUAAGUAAUAUGUUUCUUAUUAUUUGUUCCCUUAGCACUUGAUUGGGAACUGAUUAAAACCAAUUGUGACCUUAAUGAUAAUGUAUUGUAAAAAUAAUUGGGAGGUACGAACCAAGAAUUUGUAUAAUAUGCACAUUACUUAUUCGCUUUCACCUCGUUCCACAUACAUUAAUGUUAUUUUGUUCAGAUAUAAAUAGUUUCCUACCCAAUUUAGAUAUAAAACAUUUAAUCUAAUGGUUUUUGUGGUUUUUUUGUUUCAAAUUUAUUAAAUACCUACCUAUUUACUGUUUGAUUUGAUAAAAGCCUACUAGUGAUUAAUAAGUAACUUGAUUAUUUCUAAUCAAUUUUUUUUUUCAUUUGUGUGAGUAGUUACCUAUUUAAUGUCACAUAUUUCUAUGGUGUAUCUUUUGAUAUACCUUGCACCUAUAAAAAUGAUUAAGUACCUUUAUAAUCAUUAAUUUAAUAGUUAUUGUCUAAUAUAAUUCUAUACCAAUGUAUAAUUAAACUUCUGAUUAAACCAGUAGGAGAUUAAUAUGUGAUCAAUUUAAGAAAUUAUAAACUAAUGUUAGUAAAACUAUGUUUAUAGGUAGUUGAUAUUCAAAUAUAUAUCCAAAACUAAUUGUCAAACAUUAUUUUUGAUCAAUUCUUAUCAUAUAUAUAAACACGGUUAAGUGUUUAUAAUAUAAAAAAAUGUUGGUGUGAACUUUAUUUUGUCAUUAUGGUUAAUAGGUAGGUUAGGUAUGAUUGUUUUGUUUGUAGAAUAUGAACUAGCUUACAUCUAAUUAUAAUCAUUUUUUUUUUCGCCUUUUAAAAAUAAAUUAUAGAUAAUUUAAACUAUUAGGUAAGUAUAUUGAAUACCUGACUGAAUAUGAUUAAUGAUAUCAUUUUCUAGAAACGUGAAUUUGUCUGUCUACAUACCUAAUAUUACUUUUGACCAUAUUUAUUGUGUUUUAUUUAGAUAGGACGUAGGUACUAUGUCUAAAUAACAUUUACACUAUUUAGUAUUUAUAUACACAGUAAAUAGAUUUAAUUUUAAUGAGUCGAAUCAUUAAUUGUCAAUUAUUACCAGCUUCCAUUUUAGGUGAUUUAUUUAACUACCUGGGUACUAUAAUUACAAUAUUGUUUACCACUUAUUAUGAUAAUAAUAUUAAUAAAAUUAUUUUUAAAACUUUAUUUUGCAUAUUGGCAACAGCAAAAAAAAAUAUAUUUAUUAUAAAUUGACCAUAAUCAACAUUGAUAGUUGUGUUGCGGGUUACUAAAAGGGUUUUGCGUUUUGUUGUUUCAUAAAUUAUACUUAUGGAUAUAAGUUAUGUUAAUACUGUGCCAAUUCUGCCCUGAAAUUUCCUGUAUCAUUAAAAAACAUCUCAUUCUACUAUAAUGUAACAUUUUUGUAUAAAUUAUGUGUUUGAAAUAGUAGGUACCUAACCUACCUACUACUUGAAUAUUUACAUUAACCUUCAAAUAUAUUAAUUUUUUACAAAUUACCUAGGCUGGUCAACUAAUUUAUAUUUUAUUUUUACAGAUUUAAAAUGUAGAUAGAAAUUAAUCAUAAUUUAUAAAUUUGUGAACAACAUUUAAAAUAAAAGAAGAAAAAAUGGCUAGAAUGUUGCAAGAGAAUGUUGUUACUUAUAAAACACCAGCUUUGGCACAUUUAUUUCAUUCAUUCCCACAUUUAAAUGUUAAUGGUCACCAUGUUAAUUCUGCAUUUGCACCACGGAGUGAACUUUAUUUGGAAGUAAGUAAUAUAAUAAACACAUUGUACAUAAUUACCUACCUACCUGAAUUGAAUGUGGAUAUCUAAUUUAUUUAUUAUGUUUUAGUCACUUGGCAUUCUGGGUUCAAUUCCUUCUGUUUGGUUGAUAAUAACAAUGUUUUUAUUGUUAAUUUAUCUUAUGACAAGAUGUUGUGAUCGGAAACCUAGACCAAGACAUAGUAUAAUUGUGCUCAAAUGGACAUUAGCAAUAUUUACUGUUUUAUCGUGGUGGGUACUUAGUAAUAGUUAAAGUAAUUUUUAUGAUAUUUAUACAUUUAAACAUAAUGUUUUAUGAAAUAUUUUAGUGGUGCUGUUGGAGUUAGUUUAUAUGGUAAUGAUGAUUUACAUAAUGGAGUUGUUCAAUUUCUUACAUCAUCUAGAGCUUUAGAUGAUUUAAUUAUAAGUGUUAAAAAUCAAGUAAGAUUACAAUAAUUGAAAUAUUGAGUUUAUAUAAUUGUAUUUUCAUUUUAAAAAUGUUUUAGACAUCAGAUAUUGAAAUAUUGCUCCAAGUAAAUAUUCAUGACAAAUUAACAAAUAUUGGUGAUAUAAUCGAUUCACCAGUUGCUAAUUUAACAGCUCGAGGACAAAUUGUUAAUGCUCUUAGUACUUUGGUUGGAAAUGCAGCUUCAACUUUGUCGAAUAUUCGUGAAAUUAGUAACUCUUUGCGUGGAGUUAACUUAACUCCAUUUAUUAAUGAGGUGUACAUAAUGGAAACUGUAAGGUGAGUAAAAAUUUAAUUAGUUCUCAUUAAAUACAUUUUUAAUGUAAACUCUAAAUUCGUAGAUGGCCAGUGACUAUGGGAGUUCUUAGUAUUCUAUUGGUAUUCUGUGUUAUACUUUUGUUCGGUGUUACUAGACAUUCUCGUUGUGCUUUAAUCAUGUAUGUAUUUGGAAUAAAAUGUUUUAUAAUUUAUUCAUAUUGCACAUGAAAAUAUAUACAUAUUAAUUAUUACAUUAUUUUAUUUCAGGUUUUCUGUUUUCGGUUUGUUUGCUGUGAUUAUUUCCUGGCUUACAGCAUCUGUUUAUUUAACUGCCACAGUUGUAAGAAUUUUAUACAUUUCGAAAAUAAUAGCCAAUACUAUAUGAGUUUUUAUUAUAAUUUUACCACAUAGGCAUUGGGAGACUUUUGUGUUAAUCCCAAUGAAUGGGUGGAACGCGAUUGGACUCCAUCAUCUUUGCGACCUGAUACAUUAUCGUUCUAUACGACUUGUGAAGGUAGUAAUAAUCCAACCGGCAGCACGCGGACAAACCCAUUCCAAAUGGCUAUACGCAGAGCAACAACUUCAGCAGAGGCAACUAAUUAUCAACUAGAUAUUCUCACACGCCUUGCUACAAAUUUAUAUCCAGCCUCAAAUAAUAAUGAAAAUAUGCCAUUAUUACUACAAAGAAUAAGAAUGGAUGUUGAAAAUGCCGUUAGAAUGGUUUCUAUUUUACCUGCUUCACUUGAAUGUCGACAAAUACACUUACAGUACAACCGAGCUUUACAUGCAACUUGUGAUCUUGCUUUGUAAGUAUGCUCCACCUCACAACUUGAAAUGUUAUUAAUUUUUAAAUAAUGAUUUUAGAUUUGGACUAGCAUUGAUGUUGGUAGCCAGUAUAGUCUCUGGAAUAUUUUUUACAAUACUGGUGUGGCUAGAUUCACAUACUUGGAUUUACAUUAGAAAGAAGUAUGUUUUUAUAGAUGGAAAUUAUUGAAAUGUGUGUAUGGAUUUCAUUAGUUUUGUUGUUAACUUUCUGGUAUCAUUGUAGACAAGACUACGCAAAAGCAGAAGAACGAGAUCCAUUCUUGGGACGGCCUGGUUCUACAGCAAGCAGUUCACAAUCUCACGGACAUCAGAUGUCUACACUUACACGAAACCAAGGGUCGUACUACUACCCGUUGUUUAUUUCGCAUCCGACGCCUGCUCAGCACGCUCGAAACCGCCCAGCAUGACUGUCUGUGUUUUUGUUUUGAUAAUUUUGGUAUCUUAUUUUCAUAUUAGUUUUUUUUUUUCAUUUUCCUAUUUUCAAAGUAGGAUACUACAGUAAAUAAAGAACAAAGUGUAAUCUACACAUUUUUCCAUGACAAAAAUUUAUACAUGAACACAUAAUAGUAUUUCUCUAAUUAUCUUAUUGUGUAUUUUCUAUUUAUCAAUAACCAUAAUUUCUUCUGUAAUUUUUAGCAGUUUAUUUUUCUAGCUUUGUUUAUUAAUUCAUCUAUUUAAUUUAUCAAUUUUAAUAAUUUCCAAUAUUUCCAGCAAUACAAUUUUUGACAUUAUGGAAACUUCUUUCUUAUUCUUUAUAAAAAAAAAAAAAAAACCGGUAACAUCAAACUUUUCUAAAUAGCUAUAUUUAACUAUAUUAAACUAAUGCAUGAUUGUUGAAUUUUAUAUAAUAUUUUAUAGAUGCUUUUUUUAUAAUUUAAAUACUUGAAUUAUUAAUAUUCAGUUUGUUCUAUUAAAUAUUUUAUUGCAUGAUAACGUAUGUAUGUUUAUAGUAAUUUUUGUUUUUGUAUGACAUGUCGCUGGGAUAGAGUUUUACGUUUGGUUGAUUUUGUAGCUUAGCUUUACUUGUAAACAAAAAACAAUUGACACACAUCAUACAAACAUAAAACACGUACAAUAUUUAGAGUAUAAUAUAUUUUAAUUGUGGAAUUGAAAAUUUAAGUAUAGUUUCCUUAAACUGUGUAAUCUUAUAAUUAAAGUUGAUUUGAGUUACAUUUAAAAAUUAUUUGUUUGUUAUAAUCACUAAUUAUUUUAAUUUUCUAACUUCAAUAAUUUAGAAAUGGGACUUAAAUUUAUUUUGCUUUGUAUCUAUUUCAACUAAUAAUUCUAAACUAUUAAAAAUAAUAAAAUGCAUGAGGUUAUCCCUAUUUUACUUAAUCAGAAAUUAUGCUAUUAAUGUUAUUAUUACUAUCUCUUAAUUUUCUACUGGUAUCAUGUUUACAAUUAUGUUUGUGUUUAAUUGUUAAUACUUUUAAUUAGUUAUCAAAAUCUAGCAUUGUUAGUUCUUAUAUUUUUGUGAAAAUGCAUGUAUUUGUUGUUUUCUUAAAUAGAUAAAUAGUUGUUUAAGAACACUUAUCAGUUUAUUUAUAUGUAAAUUAAUUUUGAGGCAUGAAAGAUAAAUGUCGUUAGCUUUGCUAUGUCAUUGUUUAGUAUAUAAGGUAUUUUGAAUGCCUAGGGUAUUUUAUGUAUUUAUUUGUAGUCUAUGAAUAAAUGUACUAACUUUUUAUCUGUUCAAUUUUAGACCCCGGGAUGAAUAUGGAAUGGGUAGCGGAAUAGCAACAUUGAAUGGCCGUAAUGGCGGUUAUAUGCAUGAGGGUGGUCCACCAAAAGUUGGAACACAAUAUGCUACUCUAAACCGUAAAUUCCGAUCACUUGAACACCCGGGUGCUCGUGGUGCACCACAUCCUCCACCUUCAUUCCGCGGUGUACCAACUUAUUCCAAUACCUUAGGGUAUAACCGCAAACCCAAUCAGUCUAAUGAUCGUCAAUACUCUACUUUAAGCCGUAAAUGCAAAACUCUAGAAUCCUCAGAUUUCUACUGAAAUGAACCGACCUCUGCUGAUCAAACUCAAAUUUCAACAAUAAGCGGCAGCUCAUUGUCAACAUUUGCGAGACCCACACCUGUACCUGACACUUCCUAUCAGAUUACAGAGUUGUAAAUGGUACGCAAGUAUUAAUUAUUAUUAUGUCAGGCCCUUUAAGUGUUAACACAAUCAUUUUGAACUCGAGUACAGAUUAUUGAGAAAAAAUUUGAGGAGGAUUGGACUUUAAACAAUACAAAUUAAAGUUUUUUUGUGAAGUAGUUUUAAGUUGUAAGUUAUGAUGCAUUUUAUAUUUAUCUUGAUAACUUUAAACACCUUUUUGUUAUUUUUUUUAUUAUUAUGAUAUUGUGUUGAUUUUUUAUUAUAAUAUUAUGUUAAUUUUUAAACUUAAGAAAUUAUUCACACUGCAUUUGUUUUUUAAGUACCUAUUCUUUAUUUGAAAGUCUUCAAAUUUUUUUUUUUUAUUAUUAUUAUUUAUUUCAAAAUGCUUAUAAAAUGUAUGACAAUUUACUUUAACCUUUUUUAUUUCUAAUAGCUAGUGUUUUUUUAAGACUUACAUUGCAUUUAAUUUUACUAGAAUAAUGUUUCUAGUCAUAUUGUAAAUUAUCAAGUGUUUAAUGGUCCAUCUCAAAUCAUAGUCUAGUCAAUGAUAUCUGACUCGUUUUCAAUUAUGUAUUGGCCCGCAGAAUUUAAAAAGUACUGCCAUUUAACAUGCUCAGCAGAGGUCAUUCCAAAAUUCCCAAUCAAUUUUUUUUGUUUUUUUACUAGUUCCUUGAUUUAUUAAGAGAUUAAGUAACUAUCAUAAUUCUUCCUUUUUUUUUUUUCAUAUAAUGUAAACAAUAUUGUUAUAGAUAAUAAUAAUAUGUUUUUGUAAAUAAAUAACUAGUAACAAACGUUUAGUAUUGUAAAAUAUUUAUAUUGUUCACCUGUCCACGAUGUUUAAUUUUAAAUUUAAAUGUAUAGGCUUUAAUAUUCUUUCAUAAUUCAAAAAUAAUUAAAGAGAUUUAUAUUUUUUUUUUUGUCAAAGUGUAGGAAACAUGUUCAUUAAUUUCAUAUUCUUUUAUUGUAUUUUAUAAAUAAUUAAAAAUUUUUUUAUCAUUUUUUUUUUUUAGAGUAAAAAUGUGUUAAUAAGAUAUUUAUUAAAAACUAAAAAACAUAGUUUUGAAAAAAGUUACUAACUCCUUAUUCCAUUUGGAAUAACAACCUUAAAUUUGUUUAAACUAAUGUUAUUGUUUGAUUGUAAUCUUAUUGAAUUUUAAUCAAAAAAACAUGCAGUCUGUAUACUAUGCUAAUCAUUCCUUUAUUUACAAAAAAAAAAAAAAACCAAUUGGCAUUAAUCAUUCCACUUAACAUUCAUCAUAAUAUGUUUUGUGUUCUAAACAAAAUUAAAAUAGAUAGGAAAAUUGAAUGUAAUCAGCUAUGCCAAUUUUAUUAUAAAAAUUGAGCUUUGUGUGAUGCUAAAUAACUAAAAUAUAUCUGUAUUUACAUUUUUGUUUAAGUAUAGUUAUCCCAUAAAUGUAAACAUUAGUAGCCAUUUAAUGUUAAGUCAUAAUGGCUCAUUUAUAAUUUGAACUUAAAUUUGUUGUCAAUUAAUAUUGAUUUAUUUUAAAAAUUAUUUCCAUUGUUUACCUAAUUGAAGCUCAUUAAUCAGAAAAAAUUAUUGUAAACCAAAUAAUCAAAUGAAGCAUAAUGUUAACGCAUUUUGUACUUUUAUACCACUGCUCCUAUUCAAUUUGAGGUUGUAAUAAUUUUUUUUUUUUCAACUUGAUAACAUUUUAGACAUGUAAAACAUUUACCUAAGACUGAACGAGACUGUUAAUUUGUGUUUUUUUUUUUUUUAGUUUUAUGUUAUUUUUAUUCAAAAUUACAAUAUUCUCGUUAUGGUCAUUCCAUUCUAUACAAUAAAUAAUAUUAAUCCUCUAGUACAAAAAUUAAUUAUUAUUAAUAUUCUGUAUAACUAAAAUACUUUUAUUUUUACCUUGUUCAACCUUCUUGACAAAUUUUUGUAUAUUCAUAAUUUAGAGAUAUAAAAAAUUAUACAUAGUAUAAAUUAAAUGCUCCAUGAUGUUUUAUUAUUAUGUAGUUCUUUAAGCGAACAAAUUCUAUUGCACAUUGGAUAAUAUUAAAAUGCAUACAACAAGAAUAUGAAUUAAAAUUAAUAUUAUAAACAAAGUACCACCUAAAGCAAUGUGAAUAUCAAAAAUGUAUAUCUAUAAUAAUCUAGAGCCCAGAAUUAUAUUCUCCUAAAAUCCCCCCCUCUAUCAGCUCUUACUUAUUAAACUAAAUUUGUUUAACACUACGAAAAUAUGAAAAUGAUUAACGCAAAAUAAUUUCUUUUAGAUAAAAUUGUAAGUAUAAAAAAAAAAAAACUUGUGUUAAUCAUAUUUUGUAUUGUUAGAAAGUUGUAUAAAUACAACCUAUUACCUUUUACCUAUUAAAAUAGGUAAAAGCUUUAAAACCCCCUUUAAUUUUAAUAUCUUAAGAGAAUAUAAAUUUGGUUUUUAAAUUUCAUUGUAU